AUGUGCAAUGACCUCACCCCUCUUCUCAUAUAUAAUCGUUUUCCAUCUAAUGAUAUUUCAGCAUGCCUUGUGUUGUGUGAAAAAACUUUAUUUUCACUGAAUUGCUCAUCAUUCAUCAAAAUUUACGAUUUUUUUAUUUUCAUAAUUCUUGAUAAGAUUGACUUUUUGCUAAAAAAAUUUUUAAUUUUAAGAAUAUUUUUUCCUCGCUUCAUUUUGACGCGUCAUUUUUGGACCAUUGAUCAAAAAAGGCGAUUUUGGUCAACGAGCAUAAAACGAUCAACGCAAAUGCAUUACCACUUGUCAAGGCUUCAUCGUGUAAGCCUAUUCACUGGCAUACGUGGCCUGCAUUCGCAUGCCGAAACAUUGCGAUGUUUGGAUCGGUCUUUGAAAGCUAAAAGUACCGCAAUUGAUGCGAUGAGUGAGCAAGAGCUGUGGCAGCAAUUUUAUCUUCGACGACUGCAGUAUGAUGGAUUGUCCGAAGAAGAUAUGAAACAUUUCCUAAAAGUCUGGAGCCUGACUUGAAA